GCAUAAAUACCCACUUUUUCUUCCCUUAGAAACCCACACGAUCACCUUUCUCUCUCCUCCUUCUCUCAAUACAAAGAUGUCUACACUCAACCAUCUCUUCAAUCUUCCUGAGCAGAUUUGCUAUGUGCAAUGUGGUUUCUGCACCACCAUUUUACUGGUAAGUGUACCAUGCAGCAGUUUGUCCAUGGUGGUGACAGUCAGAUGUGGGCACUGCACCAGCCUCCUCUCUGUUAAUAUGACGAAAGCUUCAUUUGUCCCAUUUCAUCUCCUUGCUUCUCUUGGCCGUGACAAUGAGUUUGAGAUCUCUUUGAACCAGCCAAAGGAAGUAGUUCAGGAAGAAGUGGAAGCUGGUGAGAAGAGAUCAGGGAGUAGUACUUCCAUGGUGGUUUAUUCUGAUAAUGAAGAAGAAGAUGCAGUCCGAGUGAAUCGCAUAGUGAACAAACCCCCAGAAAAGAGGCAAAGAGCUCCAUCUGCUUAUAACAGAUUCAUCAAAGAAGAGAUCAGAAGGCUAAAGGCUCAAAAUCCAAACAUUCCUCACAAGGAAGCCUUUAGCACUGCUGCAAAGAAUUGGGCGCAUUUUCCUCCCAUGCACUGCAAAAGAGAUGGAGAUCAGAGCUGUAGCCAAGAAGAGGUAGAGGCAUCAUGGAGCCCCAAUGCUACUGAGGUUUACUUACAGGGCAAUGGUUUCCGUGAAAGAAAAGCCCCAAGGAAAUUUGCAAACGGAAAAAGACACCCUUUAGAGUGAAGAACAACCCCCAUUUAAGGCAGAAGAAAAAAGCUCAAAUCAUUUGCCUUUUUUAGGGCAGAUGCUCCUUGGGAAUCAGUUCUUCUUCAGCUUCACUACUGCAAGUCGUAGAACUCUCGUCUCUGAUCUGAAACAAAUGUCUGGUUGUCAUCAAAAGGUGAUUGUUGAUUUUCUAGCUAUUUUAGAUCUUAUAAAUUAGUGAUUUAUGGUAAAUAAACGUGGUUUUUAGGUCUGCCUUGUACUACAAGGACAUAAUCUUGGGAAUGCAAGGGAAUGGGAUAUUCUAUGUAAAGUAGGCAUUUUGCUUUCAAAUGAUGUAAUGCUUUAGUGUUUUGCUAGCUGUUGUUGUGACUCUGAUCUUGUAUGAAAUUAAUGUAUUGAAACCAUGAACAAACUCAUAGGAUUAGCUAGAGCAUGGCUACAAAUGCACCGAGCCCUUGAGUUUGAGCUCGAACUCAAGCCCACAUAA